AUGAAUAAAACAGUGUUCGUAUCCGGAGCUACCGGAUUUAUAGCACUUCAUAUUAUCAAACAAUUGAUCGAAAGAGAAUAUGACGUUGUGGGCUCUGUAAGAACAGACGAAAAGGGUCAAGAUCUCUCUCGCAGGUUUGGUCCAAAAUUCGAGUAUGAGAUAGUUGAAGAUAUUGCAGCUGAGGGGGCAUUCGAUGAGGCCAUAAAGAAACAUCCUGAAGUGACGACUUUCCUUCAUACUGCUUCCCCCUUCACUUUUGACAUUAAAGAUGAAAAUGAUCUACUUGUGCCUGCUAUCAAUGGAACAAAGAAUGCCCUUGAUUCCAUCAUAAAAUUUGGUCCCCAAAUCAAUCGAGUAGUGAUAACGUCUUCUUAUGUUGCAAUAUUUGACGGUAGACGUGAAUUCAAACCAGAUGCAGUGUUCACUGAAGAAUCAUGGAAUCCUAUUACGUAUGAGGACGCAAAGAAACAUCCACAAUUAGCAUAUUGGGCAUCAAAGAAGUUUGCUGAACUUUCUGCGUGGGAUAUAAUUAAGGAAAAGAAACCCAACUUUUCCUUAACUACAAUCAAUCCCCCAUUUGUCUUUGGACCUCAAGCAUUUGACUCAGAGAUUAGAGACACAUUGAAUACAUCGUCAGAGAUAAUAAAUCAAAUACUUGGACUUCAACCAGAGUCAAAGAUCCCAAAGAUAUUCUCCAGUUGGAUUGAUGUUAGGGACGUAGCUAAAGCACAUAUACUAGCCUUUGAAAAAGAUUCAGCAAAAGGAAAGCGUUUACUUGUCCGUUCAGGUCAAUUUUCAUCGUUUAAAAUAGUUGAAUAUUUGAAAGAGAUUCCCCAAAUAAAGGACGCACUUCCUGAACCUGGAAUCGGUGAUCACGAGAAGGCUAUAAGAAGCUUGGCUACUGUUGAUAACUCCAAAACAAAUAGUAUUUUGAAGCUUGAUUAUAUCAAUUUACAUGAUAGUAUUAUUGACUCUGCCCAGCAGAUAUUAUCUGUCCGAUCCAAACUAUAG